GUCAAAAUGCUGAGGGCGUAUCGGAAAACAUUGCAUACGAGGCUCCCAGAACAUCCGAAACGGUGUUCACAAACGUGACCAACCUUGGUAAGAGAAGAACGAUUCUCAAGGAACCCAAAACACACAAAGAUGGCCACUUCAAGGUGAACUAUACGGCAGAAGGCCACCAUAAACACCAAGAUGCUGUUACUGCUGACCGUAUCGACGUGCAUAGUAUUUAUCACAGCAGCCAUGGCGUUCGAAACAAAUGGAGUGAACGUGAACGUUUGCGACAUGACCUCCUGCGACGCGAUGUGCAAGGAGCAGCACAAGCAGCACAAGAACCUCAAGCUCGGAGGACAGUGCGAGCGAGGGGUGUGCCGUUGCUCCUACCGCACAGUGUGCGAACAAAAGAAGUGUCAGGAUUACUGCCGAAUGAAGUACAGUCAGAAGAAACAUGUAUAUGCAAACUGCACUAAUGAGAUGUGCUACUGCAGCUGGCAUGAUGCUUGUCAAGAGCAGAAGUGUUCGAGUUACUGUCAUAAGAAGUAUGGCCGAAAAGUCGGCCUCUAUUCGAGGUGCAACGAUGGGGUGUGUUACUGCGGCUGGGAGAAGGAAUGCGUGCUAACGCAAUGUGUGAAAUACUGUAAGACAAAGCAUCCCAGAAAGCCGAAUCUCGAAGCUUAUUGCAAAGGAAAUUUCUGCCACUGCAAAUGGCGAUUCUGGUAUCCGGGUCCGUAGACCACCGAGACAGCAUGCAGCAAGUGGUCCUUGCAGACCGGGACAGCAAAGAUGGUGCCCCGAAAAAUUCGUGGUUCACCUAUUGCUGCUCCUAUGAAAGCGGAAGAGCUUCUAGUGGCCAACCCACCAUAAUAAUACGCUUAAAAAUUGCCUUCGAAGCGUUUGAAAACGGAGCAACUGAGAUGCCUUAUUAGAAUUUGUGUUGUCGU